GCAGAACUCCACCUCUCCUCGACUCACCUCAUUCUGUCUCCACUCUGCUAGCUGCUUCCAUUAACUCAACAGCAGAUUAGCAGGAAAAAAUGGAAGAAGUGAGUAAUAAGCAGGUUGUAUUGAAGGAUUACGUUAAUGGCUUCCCUAAGGAAUCAGACAUGCUUAUCAAUACUUCCGCCACCAUAUCCCUCAACCUUCCACAAGGUUCUAAUGCCCUCCUCGUUAAGAACCUGUAUCUUUCCUGUGAUCCUUACAUGCGUAAUCGGAUGACCAAAACUGAAGACAGUUACGUUCCAUCCUUCACUCCUGGUUCGCCAAUGGAAGGAUUUGGAGUGGCUAAAGUAUUGGAUUCUGGGCAUGCAAACUUCAAGAAAGGUGACCUGUUUUGGGGUAUUACUGGAUGGGAGGAAUACAGCAUUAUCACUGCUCCUGAGAGUGUAUUCAAGAUUGAACAUACUGAUGUUCCUCUGUCCUAUUAUACAGGAAUUCUUGGCAUGCCUGGUAUGACCGCUUAUUUUGGUUUCUAUGAGAUUUGUGCUCCAAAGAAAGGAGAGUGUGUGUUUGUUUCAGCGGCUUCUGGUGCAGUUGGUCAGCUUGUUGGGCAGUUUGCAAAGUUGUUGGGGUGCUAUGUUGUUGGGAGUGCUGGAACAAAAGAAAAGGUUGAGCUGCUGAAGAAUAAAUUUGGGUUUGAUGAAGCGUUUAACUACAAGGAAGAGCAAGAUCUAGAUGCAACUCUGAAGAGGUACUUCCCCGACGGCAUUGAUAUUUACUUUGAGAACGUUGGGGGGAAGAUGUUGGAGGCAGUGCUGCUGAAUAUGAGAUUACAUGGAAGGAUUUCGGUUUGUGGGAUGAUCUCACAGUACAACCUGGAGCAGGGGGACGGUGUGCGGAACCUGUUUUGCCUGGUAUCAAAACGUCUAUCGAUGAAAGGAUUCAUCGUAGCUGAUCACUAUCAUCUGUAUCCAAAGUAUAUGGAAAUGGUUAUACCCCUCAUAAAACAAGGGAAGAUAUGUUACAUCGAAGAUAUCGUGGAGGGACUUGAGAGCACACCUGUGACUUUGGUCGGGCUAUUUUCUGGCCGAAACGUUGGGAAGCAAGUGGUGGUCGUGGCUCGUGAAUGAGCAAGGAAAAUGUUAACCACAAGGACCAAAAUAUCAAUUUGCUCUCAAGAAAUUAAGUAAUUUAAUUAUAUCAUUUGAUAAUCAAUUUUAUUACAAUUGGUUAGGGUUGUUUCAGUGUUUUGGAGCUCCUGUUACACUUAUAUCGAGACUAUAGUAAUGAAUAAGACAACAUGUAAAA